GGAGAGGAACAGUCCGCUGAGGACGCGGAGGACGGACCGCCCGAACUGCUGUUCAUUCACGGCGGACACACCGCUAAGAUUUCCGACUUCUCCUGGAAUCCCAACGAGCCGUGGAUUAUCUGCUCGGUGUCUGAGGACAACAUUAUGCAAGUCUGGCAAAUGGCCGAAAAUAUAUAUAACGACGAGGAACCGGAGACACCGGCAGCCGAGUUGGAGUCCACGUCAUAA